AUGGCUAUGCAACCUUUCGCUGAGGUACUCGAUCUGGAGCAACAAUUUUAUGAGGAGGGAUACCAGCAAGGAGUUGCUGAUGGCGAGAGGGCCGGCCUCGACGAAGGACGGACGCUCGGUUUGGAAAAGGGGUUCGAAAAGUUUGCGGAGAGUGGUCGACUCUACGGCAAGUCUCUGAUUUGGGCAAACCGUAUCGCUCAUACAAACAUUCACACAAACCAGGUCGCAGCGGAGCAACCAACCAAGCUCAUGCCACUUCCUAACAAUAAACGCAUCGUGACACAUGUAAGUGUUUUACACGCACUGGUCGAGGCGGAAACUCUGUCUGUCCAGAACAGCGAGGAGGCAGUUUCCGACUUUGACGAUCGACUGAACAGGGCACGCGCUAAGGCAAAGAUAAUCGAAAGGCUCAUUCAUAGUGCUCAGAUGCGGCAAGGCUCCGUAGAGAAGCCGGAUCCAGAGUGUGUGAUAAGAUUGAAAGAAAAUGUAUUGCCAGUACCACCAGCUCUAGAUCAGAAGGUAUGA